AAAAUAAAUCUCUCUUCUCUUUUCCUUCGAUCUCAUUUUAAACAAAACCUGUAAAAAAUGGGUCAAGGAAGUGGGGAUGACGGUGUUCCGCCGGCACCGUUCUCUUCGGCUGCUGCGGCAGCUCACUCACCACCUCAUUCUCCCCUUUCUGUCGGCGUUUCUUCUGCUUCAUCUGCCACGUCAUCAUCUUCCACACCGCCAUCAUCCACGUCACCUGCCGGAGUUUCAGCGUCAGGUGCGAGAAACGUUGAAACUGAUUGGAAGCAGUCGGGAGAUGAGAAUCUUGCCGAAUUAUGUAUAUUUCAUGUUCCAGACAAAUCUGUUAGUUUGCCAAAUCCAAAGCGAGCAGAAUGCACACUUCCUAUGAACCUAAUUCUCAAGUCCUCCUCAAAAAAUCGAAAGAAAUCGUCAAUAUGGUCAUCUGAUCAUAUUCCGAGAGGAGUCCGAUUUGGCCCGCUCGUUGGAGAAAUUCGUUUGGUAGAUGUUGACACAGCACUUGUAUGUCCUGCUGAAGCAUCAAUGGCUGGAGGUGGUCCAGCUCAAGAAGAUGUUCCAUUUGAUGAAGCUCCGGAAGAGUGGAAGAUCUAUUCUCCAUCAGGUGGCAGAUUGAAUAAAACGAUUUGUGUGAAAGAUGAUGCGAGAUCAAAUUGGAUGAAAUACGUGGCAGCUGCUGAAGAGGAAGAUUUUCAGAAUCUUGUUGCUGCACAAAUUGGAAAUGAUAUCUACUUUUACACAGUUAAAAAGAUUGAAGCAAAUACUGAAUUAUCAUUUUGGUUCAGCAGGGACUACGCAAGGAAAUUAAAUUAUUCAACAAGACCAUACGUAAGAGUUCGAAGGCCAGCUACUCAACUGAUUCCAUCUGCACCACCAGCUUCUGCAUCAACUGCAAUUGCGAGUUUAGCAGAAACAAUUGUGGCAAUUGAUUAUUCAGUUAAAAAACUCAUUGAAUCACCCAUUGAUACACUCUCUACUGAUGCUUCUUCUGCAAGUGACGAAGAAAUGAUUGAUGUUGAAGAGCAGGAGAGCUGUACACGGCCUGUUGCAGAAGUCACACGGCCUAAUGUUAUCCAGAAUCCAGUUGUGAGGCCUGUUGCAACCAAAGUCAAUAAUUUCCCGGGAAUACCCGUUCGACUUGGCAAUUUUUAUGCAAGUCCGUUGGUGGAUUUUAAAGAGUUCAUGAGGAAAUCCCUUCAAUUAAAACUAGUUGAUACCUCAAUGUUUGUGUCCCCUGUUGCUCAAACAACAGCCGCAAUAACUGCCACUGGUGGAAGAUCCGGCCAGCCGAUUGAUGUGCAGCCAGUACUUGCAGCAACUGCAGGAGCUCAUUUUGGAAACUAUGCAGCAAUUUAUGGGAGUCAAGAUUUCCAGCAUGAGCUAUCAAAACCUCUGUACACAUCUGCGUCUCCAGCAUUCGGAGGUGGUGGUGGUAUGGGUGGAGGAUUUGGAAUGGGUGGAAGUGCCCAUACUUCUUCAUUUCAUCAACUUCCAUUUGUUAAUCAUUCGUCUUCAUCACACAAUGAUUCAUCAUUUAAUGGAGUUCCAAAUUACGUGCAACAACAGGAAAAUGGAAAAACGAGAUACGCUUGCAAAGACUGCAACAAAACAUUCGGACAGCUUUCGAAUCUUAAAGUUCAUGUCAGAACGCACACCGGCGAACGUCCAUUCAAAUGUGAAAUUUGCACAAAAGAGUUCACACAGCUUGCUCAUCUUCAGAAGCAUCAUCUUGUUCAUACCGGAGAACGUCCUCAUCGCUGUGAUAUUUGUGAUAAGCGAUUCUCGUCGACUUCUAAUUUAAAAACUCAUCUUCGACUUCACAAUGGUCAGAAGCCGUAUACGUGUGAUGUUUGUGAUGCCAAGUUCACUCAAUACGUUCAUCUAAGACUUCAUAAACGUCUGCAUGCAAACGAAAGACCGUAUAGUUGUGGAACAUGUGGAAAGAAAUAUAUUUCACCGAGUGGAUUGAGAACUCAUUGGAAAACAACUACAUGUAAAGAAGAGGAUAUGAAAGACUCGAUGAGGGAUGAUUUAAUGGAUAUCAAAGGCGAAAUCGAUGAAGGAUCAAUGUCAGGGUCGGGUUAUGGAAAUCUGGGAAUCUUUGAAAAUACACUGAACUCCGAACUCAAGCGGCCACUUAUGCCAAUCGAAACCAUUUAUAGUAAAUACAAUCUUCCCAACGCCUCCCUCCUCGGUCAAGGUCCAAGUGGAAUGCAAGAACAACAGGCUCCACCACCAACAUCUCAACAGCAGCAACACAUGAUGUAUGGAAACACAAUGGGACAUAUGGGACAAGGAUCCCAUCUUCAGGGGCCACCACCACCUCCACAACAUUUCCAAAUGGAUCAUAGUGGAAUGCAGAAUGGAGGAGGUAUUCCACAUCAACAUCAACUUAUUCAAGGAGGUCCAUCAUCUGGAUCUGGUCAACAGCAACAUCCACAACAUAAUGGGAUUCAUAGGCUUCCUGAUUUGAAAAAUCCCCUACUUCCAAGCCUCGGAUUGCCGCAUUAUCCAUAAUUAUCAUAUUUAUAACUUUAUGAAAACACUACCCGUCUCCCACAAUCCAGUCAUAUCAUUUGUACUUGAGCUUCUGUGUAGGAAUUAAUGCCUCCACUGCGUGCCUCACAGCACUGCCUAUUUUGGUAGAAUAACGCAAAUUUCAUCUGAAAAAAGUUAAUGUGAGAAUGUAGAUAUAGAAAGAUGUUUGUUAAGUUCGAAAAUUCAUUUUAUUUCUAUAUCCGGAUAUUUUUCUAUAUUUUAACAUUAAUUUUUUAUUGAAAAAAUAAUUUAACCAAAAUUAGCAGUUUUUGGAGUGCCUGUAGGCAGGCGUGUAGGCAUUUUAUACCUACACAAGAGCCCCUGCUUGCUUCUCCAGCAUCUUAGCAUUUUCAUUUUUUACUAUGCUACUCAAAUAUUUUCAGAUCCCUUUUACCAGUUUGUUUAUAAGCCAGGUAGAAAACAAUUAGAUCAAUUUUUUUCGCAAAAUCUCAAAUUGUUCUUACACCUUCCUGCCCCUUUCUCCAUCCUCCCAUUCCAGAACGAGUCUCUCAUAAUAUUAAUUGUAUUCAAAAACUUCAAAUUCAAAUAAUUCCACAAAGAACCUGAGUUAAAGUUCAAAUAGUUCGUUUCUCAAAAUUAUCAGAUUUAAUAUAAUUAUUUUUUUGAAAUCUUCCAUAUACACCGCCUAAACCUAUAUUAUCUUUUCAUUCUCUCAUUGUCUCUUGCUUUAUCAGUCCCCUUUCAUUCUUAUCACUGUCAAAAUUUUCUAUUUUUUAUUCAACAAUUUCCAUCAAAAUCUUCCGGCAUUUCAACACACCUAUCUGUGAUCAUACUUUCAUUAUAUUUUUGCAAUUUCUUUCUAGAAGUUGUUUCUAUUUUCUAACUUUUUCAAAACAAUAUCUUGUCUAAUUUUGUAUGUAUAUAUAUAAACUUUGAAAACUUGAU